GAAAGGGCUGCAUCGGCAAGAAGAGUGCACAAUCUGGGAAUAUAAAAGAGACGACGGGGUAGACAAGAGUUUUAUCAAGUCGAACAGCACCUACAGUUGUACAGCUUACUGGAAUCACCAAAGAAAUGAUCGCUCGUAUCUCCACCUACACCGUCUUGGCUCUUCUUUUCCUUGCUGUCGCGAGCGCCCUUCCCGCGACUACCACUACCGUCGACGGAGGUUCGUGCAACACGGGAUCCAUUCAGUGUUGCAAGUCUGUACAGGACCCUACGUCCUCUCCGAUCCAGUCAGUCUUGGGUCUCCUUAAUAUUCCCAUCGGGGACAUCGCCGCUCAAGUCGGUCUUACCUGCAGCCCCAUCACCCUCAUCGGUUUAGGAACCACCCAGUGCGUGAACCAGCCCGUUUGCUGCACGGGAAAUAACUUCAACGGCCUUAUUGCACUUGGAUGCACUCCUAUCAACAUUGGCCUCUAACCGUGACCUCGGAAAGACGCCGUUAAGGAUUGUAACAAGAAAGACAUUGCUUAGCUGCACGUUCUAGAGUAGUUCUUUUUUUUUUUUUGGUUAGCGUACAAUUUCUUCGUGGUCGCUGAGUAUGGAAUAUCAUAGUCCGGGUCAAUGAUGAACAAUGGCCGAAAUUUGUUAACCAAGAGUCUGAUGAAAUGUCAAACUCGCGGGAGUGCCGCACACGCGUAUUGAUCCUUCGAGUUAUUAAUUCUUCGUGCCGGUUGAGGAUUAGCGCUGGGGACUUAUUGGGUAUUCGAAAAUAACACAAAUGACAUAUGCAUCUGGGACAUGGACGGCCAUGAAACACCGUCAAGAUCACACGACUAGGUAAAUUCGAAUCAGCAAG